GGCCGAGGGCAGCGGCGACCGUCUGAGACCUCAAGGGAGGAGACGCGGCGGCGGCGGCGAUGCUGGAGACCUUGCGUGAGCGGCUGCUGAGCGUGCAGCAGGAUUUCACCUCCGGGUUGAAGACUUUAAGUGACAAGUCAAGAGAAGCUAAAGUAAAAAGCAAACCAAGGACUGUUUCCUAUUUGCCAAAAUACUCUGCUGGACUAGAAUUACUUAGCAGGUAUGAAGAUACGUGGGCUGCACUUCACAGAAGAGCCAAGGAAUGUGCAAGUGCUGGAGAGCUGGUGGGUAGCGAGGUGGUUAUGCUUUCAGCACACGGGGACAAAAGGAAGACGAGCCUGAUAGAGCUACAGGAGCAGCUUCAACAGCUUCCAGGUCUGAUAGCAGAUUUAGAAUCCACGACAGCAAAUUUGACACAUUUAGAAACUAGUUUUGAGGAAGUAGAAAACCACCUGCUGAAUCUGGAGGAUUUAUGUGCACAGUGUGAAUUAGAAAGAUAUAAACACACGCAGUCCCAACAAUUGGAAAAUUACAAGGAAAAUAAAAGAAGAUGCACAUCAGGGGAGCUGCCUAAUAACUGGAGGUUCCACUUGACCAGCACUGAGCUUCUGUUUACUUGUUCAGUUCUCAUAUCCAUGUCAUCUCCAGGACUCAGCGAAAAUAGUCAGAGGAAUACCUCUGAACUAGAUGCCGAGCACACCCAGAAGGUCCUGGAAAUGGAGCACAGCCAGCAAAUGAAGCUGAAGGAGCGGCAGAAGUUUUUUGAGGAAGCCUUCCAGCAGGACAUGGAGCAGUACCUCUCCACGGGCUACCUGCAGAUAGCAGAGAGGCGAGAGCCCAUGGGCAGCAUGUCGUCCAUGGAGGUGAACAUCGACAUGCUGGAGCAGAUGGACCUGAUGGACAUCUCUGACCAGGAGGCUCUGGAUGUCUUUUUGAAUUCAGGUGGAGAAGAUAAUGCUGUGCUGUCCCCCGUCUUAGGGCCUGAAUCAGGUACUGGUCAGAAUGAAAUUACUCUUCAGGUUCCAAAUCCCUCUGAAUUACGAGCUCAGCCACCUUCCUUACCCUCCACCUGCAAUGACCCAGCCACCCAGGACUGCAGUGAAGGUGGGGAGUCUCCCAUCGUCCAGUCUGAUGAGGAGGGCGUUGAGGUGGACACUGCCCUUGCCACUUUACACACCGACGACAGUGACUCCUAAGUCCGGCAGCCCCUUCUCUGAGCGCAUUUAAGGAAGGCCAGCUGUGCUCAGAAUCCCACUGUGAAGGCUCUUGAUUGUCACACAGUUGCCAAUAAUUUGUGAGAAACUUGACAGAAGAAAAGCUAACAAUAAAGUUUGAGGACUUCAAACUGAGAGGGUACAUGGCCAGUCUGUACAGAAAAGGCCUCCAAACACACAUCCUUCAAGCUUUAGAGCCCCCGAGGGGCCUGCAGGGUGGCUGGGCCAGGAGUCAUCCCCUCGUGGGCUCAGCAGAAGCCCUUCCCAGAGAGAGGUCUGCUUCCCCUGAAUGUAACUAGUCAUACGUGGCUCUAACAAAACUUGGGUUUUCAUCUGAUCAUUACAAAAGUAUUAACAAUUCAACAAAUAACCCCUAUUUUAACAGUACACACGUCUGGGCCUGAAGGAAGGGAAAUAAACGUAAGCAAACCCAUCUGCUACUCUUUCUCCUGACAAGGAGCUGGCCCCACAGAGUUGGGUCCCCCCUUUCAGCACCUAUUGAGGGGGCGCCCCCUGCAGGCAGGACGAGGAGCCCUCCACCCAGCCAAGGGGCGGCUUCCUGGGAGAAGGGCCACUAGCAGUUCCCAGUGGCCCACAGAAAACAAGAUGCAGGCAGCAGGCAUUUGGCUUUGCUCAAAGGGGAUCCAGCCGCCGGCAGAUGGAAAGUGAGUGGGUCCAGGCUGUGCUGUCUGCGCCACUGGCCGAGGGGAGGGUUCGCGCCCUCUGCCCAUUGACCGGGAAAGAAAGCUCAUUUCAUUCACUCAUCUUCCACAAGACAAAUGUCCAAAAAACUUUGUUUUUAUUAUUAAACCUUGUAGUACAAACCUGAAAAGUAAACAAAAAACUGGCAAUAAACAACAUGAAGUCUUCCCUCCCGAGGGAGGGGUGCAGAGCAGCGCUAAUA